CCUGGACUCCAGAGUUAAAGUUGAAGUUGGAAAAGUUUCUAGCUUUAAUAUUUAAAGCCAGCAACACGCCAAAGCUUUUAACAAUAUAUGUAUCCUUUUGAAGCAAAUAGAGACCACCUAUGGUUUUAGAGCAGAUUUUAUUUAGAGUAGCACACUGGCUUAGGUUGCCUCAUUAAAUAGGGAUAAUUAAUAGUGCUACUUUCAUAUUUACAAGAUCAAAGAAUCAUUAGUGGCAGGGCCUAUAGAGAUCAACUUCUUUAUCAUUAGGUCUCUGAGACUUUCUUUUUGGCGAGGUCUUAUUUUGAUGUCAUGUGGCUAGAAGCUGUCUUGGUAGAAAAGAAAGUUUGUCUUCUUGUAAAAGAACUCCUUGGGAUAAUUGUCCAUUUGCAAAAUAUCACUUAACCACUUUUAAGGCCUUCAGGCCAUGGCAUAUGGAUCAGGUAACAAUCUAACUUGUCAUUCAAAUUGGGAUUUCUUUUUAAAUAACUUUAUUGAGGUGUAAAAUCUACCCAUGGUAGGUGUACAGUUUAAUGCUUUUUGGCAAAUGUACAGAGCUGUGCAGUAUCACCACAGUCCAGUUCAAACUGGGACACUUUUGAGAGUAAAAUGGGGCACUAACUGGACAAAGUGCCAGGGUGACAGGUGUAAAUAGAGCCCGUUUCAGGAAGAGCAGAACAUGAGGUCACCCGACCCAUGGAAGACUCGUUUCCCAAAGGUUAUUAGUCUCUAAAGACAAGUGUCUCCUCUUAUUCGGAAGAAAAAUGUAUCCAAAGUUAUUUCAUAACAAGAAUAUAAUGUUUUGAAUCAUAAAAUUGGUGAUUGUUUUGUUUUAUUUCAGGAAAAAUAUAGGCUACUUUGCCACAUAAUACCUUCUGCUUCGUUUCUAACUCCAAAGCAUUUGACUUUCUUGACCUAAUUGAGGUUUUUUUGUCACUAGGAUUCUAUGCUGCUUUUCUUCUUGAGCUUCCUAAGCCUUCCCUGUUGCCCGUCUUCAGAUUCCUUAGCCUGGCCUGAGCCAAACAGACUGAUCUACAGCUCUCCUCUCUGCCUUUAAGGAGAAUGGACAAAGUAACAAAGAAAUGUUGCAGCAGCUCCACCAGCAGCUGGUUGAAGCUGAACGUAGGUCAAUGACAUACCUCAAACGGUACAAUAAGAUCCAGGCCGACUACCACAAUCUUAUUGGAGUCACAGCGGAACUGGUGGAUUCUCUAGAGGCCACAGUCAGCGGCAAGAUGAUCACCCCUGAGUACCUCCAGAGCGUCUGUGUCCGCCUGUUCAGUAACCAGAUGCGGCAGAGCCUGGCGCACAGUGUGGACUUCACGAGGCCUGGGACGGCAUCCACCAUGUUACGAGCCUCCUUGGCACCCGUGAAAUUGAAGGAUGUCCCAUUACUGCCCUCCUUGGAUUAUGAGAAACUGAAGAAGGAUUUGAUUUUGGGGAGUGACCGCUUGAAAGCCUUCUUGUUGCAGGCUCUACGCUGGCGCUUGACCACAUCCCAUCCCGGAGAGCAGAGGGAGACCGUUCUGCAGGCCUACAUCAGCAACGACCUCUUGGACUGUCAUAGCCACAACCAGAGGAGUGUGCUUCAGUUGCUGCACUCCAAGAGUGACGUGGUGCGGCAGUACAUGGCCAGGCUCAUCAAUGCUUUUGCGUCACUGGCAGAAGGUCGCCUCUACCUUGCCCAGAACACAAAGGUGCUGUGGAUGCUGGAGGGAAGACUGAAGGAGGAGGACAAGGACAUCAUCACCAGGGAGAAUGUUCUUGGGGCCCUGCAGAAGUUCAGCCUCAGGCGCCCCCUGCAGACAGCGAUGAUUCAAGACGGCCUCAUCUUCUGGCUGGUUGAUGCUCUGAAGGACCCCGACUGCCUGUCUGACUACAUGCUGGAGUACUCGGUGGCUUUGCUUAUGAACCUCUGUCUCCGCAGCACAGGGAAGAACAUGUGUGCCAAGGUGGCAGGCCUCGUGCUCAAAGUCCUUUCGGAUCUUCUUGGCCAUGAAAACCAUGAGAUACAGCCAUAUGUGAAUGGAGCUUUGUACAGCAUCCUUUCUGUUCCAUCCAUCCGUGAGGAAGCAAGAGCAAUGGGAAUGGAAGACAUCCUACGCUGCUUCAUCAAAGAAGGCAACGCUGAAAUGAUCCGCCAGAUAGAAUUCAUCAUCAAGCAGCUUAAUUCCGAAGAGCUACCAGAUGGCGUUCUUGAAUCUGAUGAUGAUGAAGAUGAAGAUGAUGAAGAGGACCAUGACAUCAUGGAAGCCGAUCUGGACAAAGACGAACUGAUCCAGCCCCAGCUCGGAGAACUCUCAGGAGAGAAGCUUCUGACCACGGAGUACCUGGGGAUCAUGACCAACACGGGGAAGACAAGGCGGAAGGGGCUGGCCAAUGUGCAGUGGAGCGGGGAUGAGCCCCUGCAAAGGCCCGUCACCCCCGGCGGCCACAGAAACGGGUACCCAGUGCUGGAAGACCAUCACACACCUCCCCAGACAGCCCAACACCCCACAAACAGCCACCCGCAGGCCCUGCCAAACCCUCACGAGGCUGUCUACAGGGAGGGCAAGCCCAGCACCCCGGAGUCCCGCGUCUCCUCUUCAUGUAAGAACACAGGCAGCACGUCGGCAGCCAUCAACGCCAAGCCAGGAGAGUGGCUCCCAAGAGCACGCCAGGAGGAGCCUCAUCCGGCCCCCACGGGGACCUCCCGCCAGCCAAGGGAGGUGCCCCAGGACCCAGGCAGUGGAGAGACCACCAGUUUGAAGACUUCUUACCUAAAAAGUAUGAGCAGUUUGUAUACCACUGUUUUCCAAUUUGGAUUUGGAGACUUUUCAGAUGGAAUGUGCAUCAGCCUUCACCUGCAAGCCCCGGGCCCCCGGCACUCCAGAGAUGCUGGACUGGAACCUACCCAAGGCAAAGGCGUCAGUUCUGGCCCCUCCGUUCUCUUCGUGUGGCCCCCAGCAGGCCAGCCGCCCCGGCUCCACAGCGUCCUCCACAAGGGGCCUGCCGACCCCCUGACGCCUCAGGAGCGCAGGCAGAGGAGGCAAACAGGAGGCCAGGUUACCCAAGAGAUGACCAGAAGCUCAUCCAGGGCCAGGACCCCGGUUAAUCUUGUGAGUUCUUGGCAGUGGCUCCAGGCUGGGCACAUUAGAUACUGUCGUGUGACUGGCCUGGUAGCCACCUCUUGGUUCUCCAGAAAUGUGUGAGGCCACUCUGUGCUCCGGGAAGAAGGUUGCCGUCCUGACCUGUCAGCCUCCAGGCCCUCUCUGAACUCCUUACUUGACCUGGAGGCUUCGGGAGCAAACCCACAGCUCGCCCCUGGUGUCAGUGGUGCAGACAGAGGAAAAGUACAGAGUUCCCAAAUGCUACUCCUCCGUGGUGAGACUUUGAAAAGGUGUAGAGUGGUUGCAGACGAACAGCAAAGGAGUGAAAUGGAAAAAUCUCUCUCGCUCCCCACAAGAAGUGCACUCCCCUCCAGAUUCCUCAGAUGCCACUGGCUGGCACAGCCUUUCCCGCCCUUGGUGUGGGAGCAGCAGAAAUCCAGGGGAUGGGAGAAUCAUCGGGGUCAGGUCAGUGUCUACCUCGUAUGAAGUCAACAACUACUUUUCCCUCGAGCCUACCAACGAGCUAAAGUCUGAUCUGUAGUUGUCUGAUGGUUUGAGGAGAAAAGAUAGUCUUUUAGAGAAGUGGGGAGUAUCCAACUUAGGGUCAAAAUACACUGAGAUUAGGCUGGGCGCAGUGGCUCACACCUGUAAUCCCAGCACUUUGGGAGGCCAAGGCAGGCGGAUCACUUGAG